AUGACGCUGGAGGGCCAGAAGAAGAGGGUGCCACGAGAUGCUAAGUUUAUCAAGGACACCAAGUUGGACCCUCAAGACACGCUGGUGAGCUUCGAUGUGGUGUCCCUCUUCACCAAGGUCCCUAUUCUAGACUCCAUAGAAAUUGUCAAGCUUAAGGUCAAUGAGGACAUCGCCUCUUUGGUGGAACUUUGCUUAAGGUCAACCUUCUUCGCCUUCCAAGGCGUUAUCUAUGAACAGGUUGACGGAGUAGCCAUGGGCUCCCCUCUCUCGCCGGUCAUUGCCAACAUAUUCAUGGAACAUUUUGAAGAGGUGGCCUUACAUUCUUUCCCCCUCAAACCAAAAUGGUGGAAGCGAUAUAUGGAUGACACCAAUGUAUGUUGGCCCCACGGCUUGGACAUGUUAGAGGAAUUUCAUACUCACCUCAACAACAUUUUUUCGUCUAUUACCUUCACCAAAGAACUUGAAUCCAACAACCGUUUAUCUUUUCUCGAUGUCUUAAUCUGUAAAAAGCCUGACGGAUCCCUUGGUCGUCAGGUGUAUCGCAAAACUACCCACACUGACUUAUAUCUUCAUUCGUCUUCUCAUCACCACCAUAGCCAGAAAGUUGGGAUCCUCAAAACAUUGGCUUUAAGAGCCCAUCGGAUUUGUGAUAAGGAUAACUUAGACCAAGAGCUCUCCCAUCUUCGUCAAGUCUUCCUUUGGAAUGGCUACUCGAACAAGCAGAUCACUAGGGCCUUCCUCCAAGCCAAAUCUCAUUUCCUUUCCAUCUCGAAUCCCGUGCCCUCUCCAUCUCAGGCCCCGUUUAGGCAUGCCCCACCGCUUAAGGACACUAGGGAUGCCUUUUCAGAGUCAGGUGUAUACAAGAUUGUAUGCUCCUGUGGAACUCCUUACAUUGGAGAAACAGGUCGUUCGUUCAUGACUCGAAUAAAAGAGCACAGUGCCGACAUUAAGCAUGAACGUGCCCUCAAAUCAGCCUUAGCCGAGCAUUCAACCACUACCAAACAUCAUAUCUGUUUGGAGGACACUCAGGUAUUGUGUAGGGAGAACAACUUUUUCAAGAGGAAAGUUAAAGAGGCCAUUGCUAUCAUUCGGCACCCAUCCAAUCUUAAUCGAGAUGAUGGGUUAAACCUUAGCAUCUCGUGGCACCCUCUUCUUCUGGCCCUCCAGCGUCAUCCCCGCCCCCCUCCUUGA